GCCCAUCCAAGUCGGUUGUCGCUUAUUUAUUUAUUUGAUUAAUUUUUAAUCUCUCUCCUUCUCUCCUCCGAGAUUGUACUCAGAGUUCCUCAAUCGCGAUACAACAUCUCUCUCUCCUACGAGGUUGAAGAACAAGCUCGAAGAUUUGUGGGCAGAACAAGCUUGAAGCUUACGAAGAUGGCAACUCUUGCUGAUUCUUUCCUGGCAGACCUCGAUGAAUUAUCCGAUAACGAAGCCGAUACUCUUAAUGAGGAUAAUGUGGAUACAGAGAACAUGGAAGAAGAUACUGUUGGGGACCUCGAGCACAUAGAAGCUCUUAGUUUUGAUGACCUUGAUAGUGUUUCGAAAUUGCAGAAAUCACAGCGCUUUAUCGAUAUUAUGCAGAAAGUUGAAGAUGCACUUGAAAAGGGGUCUGAUAUGUCGAUUCACGGAAUAGUUUUGGAAGAUGAUCCUGAAUACCAGCUGAUAGUAGAUUGCAAUGCAUUGUCAGUUGAGAUCGAGAAUGAAAUUGUUGUUAUCCACAAUUUUAUACGUGACAAGUAUCGCUUGAAAUUUCCAGAGCUUGAAUCACUUGUUCAUCACCCAAUUGAUUACGCUCGAGUAGUUAAGAAGAUUGGGAAUGAAAUGGAUUUAACCCUUGUUGAUCUGGAAGGGCUUUUACCCUCUGCUAUCAUUAUGGUUGUUUCUGUUACAGCAUCAACUACUAGCGGCAAGCCACUUCCAACGGAAGUCCUCCAAAAGACAGUUGAUGCAUGUGAUCGGGCUCUUGCUCUUGAUUCAGCAAAAAAGAAAGUCCUUGAUUUUGUGGAGAGUAGAAUGGGUUAUAUUGCUCCCAAUCUUUCUGCCAUAGUUGGGAGUGCCGUGGCAGCGAAACUUAUGGGUACUGCUGGAGGUCUAUCAGCAUUAGCUAAGAUGCCAGCUUGCAAUGUUCAGCUUCUUGGUGCCAAGAAAAAGAACCUGGCAGGGUUUUCCACUGCGACAUCACAAUUUCGUGUAGGUUAUAUUGAGCAAACAGAAUUAUUUCAGAGCACGCCCCCUUCUCUGCGGAUGCGUGCAUGCCGAGUACUGGCUGCAAAAUCAACACUUGCUGCACGUGUAGAUUCCACAAGAGGCGAUCCAACUGGGAAGGCUGGAAGAUCCUUCCGGGAGGAGAUCCGUAAGAAAAUUGAGAAGUGGCAAGAGCCACCUCCUGCGAAGCAACCCAAACCACUUCCUGUUCCUGAUUCUGAGCCCAAAAAGAAGAGAGGUGGGCGCCGGCUGAGAAAGAUGAAAGAGAGAUAUGCAAUAACGGACAUGAGGAAGCUGGCAAAUCGGAUGCAAUUUGGAAUUCCUGAAGAGAGUUCUUUAGGUGACGGGUUAGGGGAAGGAUAUGGAAUGCUCGGUCAGGCUGGAAGUGGAAAAUUGCGUGUAUCCAUCGGUCAGAGCAAACUUGCUGCCAAAGUUGCUAAAAAGUUCAAGGAAAAGCCUUAUGGAAGCAGUGGUGCUACUUCAGGACUGACUUCAAGUUUGGCCUUUACACCUGUGCAGGGGAUUGAGCUCUCAAAUCCACAGGCACAUGCAAGUCAGCUUGGAAGUGGAACUCAAAGCACUUACUUUUCAGAAAUUGGAACAUUUUCAAAGAUAAAGAGGACCUGAGCCCCCUCCAGGUAUCUUGUACGUUGCCCACCGGUAGCCGGCCCAAGCACAUUAGAUGCUAAAUUCAUCUGAGGAAUCCUAUAAAUGGUCCCAAGGAAAAUGAUUAGAUACACUUCUAACUUCAUUCCUAGCUAUAUGCUAGCUGCCUGUUUGGGUGAAAUUCAGUAUCCUGUAGGGUUUUUGCUCAACUGGUCUAAUUGCUGACGUUACUCUGCUUGUUAAAAAGCACGUGCUUUAGGCUAUCCUUUUUCUUUUGUACGCUCAUCGAUACAUAUUUGUCUGUCCAGGCACAAUCUACUGGUUUUUGUUUUUGAUAUAAAAUCAGUAAGCUAUGUUUGUAUA